AGUUAACAAGUGUUUCGUCACAAACUCCGCCCACACGUUUCUUCCUGCUUUCAUGAAGGGAAUGACAAACCUCGACAUGCAGUUCUUGACAUUUAAAUCCAAAAUAGUGUGUGACAAUGAAGUGAAAUCAGUGUAAUGACAAUGUAAUGCGAGGAAGAUGAACACACAGAUGUCAGGAGUCAGAGAAGAUGGUGAACUCAUGAUUAAAGAAACAACAGAACAUCAACAUGGCCAGCAGAGAAAGCAGAGCUGUUAUUCGUGGUUCUGCUCACAGGAGAAGACGGAGCAAAGAAAGACCACCCAACCUGAAUGAUGUGACUCCUCUGAGGAUUGUUCUGCUGGGGAAGAACGUGUCAGAAAACAGUGGAGUGGGAAAUUUCAUAUUAGGACGAGCAGCAUUUGACAGUGAAGCUCCUGCAGAUGUUGUAGAGAGAGUCGGAGGAAGAUUGAAGGACAGACAUGUGAUGAUCAUCAACAGUCCUCAGCUGCUCCAGACAAACAUCUCAGAUGAUCAGAUCACACAGACAGUGAGAGAGUGUGUGAAUCUGUCUGAUCCAGGACCUCAUGUGAUCGUUCUGCUCCUCAAACAUGACCAGUGUUCAACAGAAGAUCAAGAGUGUGUGGAGAAGGUGCUGCUCUCUUUCUCUGAGCGGGUUUAUCAACACACCAUGGUGAUCAGCACACAAGAGCCCACUGAAACCAAUGACAUCCUACAGAAAAUCAUUCAGAAAUGUGCAAACAGACACUUCAGUCUUCACAAAAGCAGCUCUCCUAAUGAUCUUCUGCAGACAUUUGAGGACAUUGUGAAAGUGAAUGAUGGACAGCACCUGGAGUGUGCUGGUUCACAGUAUUUAACAAUGGAGAAACAUGCCACAGAAAGACUUUCAGAAGGUUUAAAGUUGAAUCUGGCUGUGUGCGGGAGUGACGGGACAUUAAAAUCCUCCACAUCAGACCUGAUCCUGCAGCAGACAGACAGAAGAUCAGACGUGGAGCUUCAUGGACGUCAGAUCAGUCUGGUGGAGCUUCCAGCUCUGUUCAACACUCAUCUCUCAGAGGAGGAAGUGAUGCGUCAGGCUCUCCACUGUGUGUCUCUCUGUCAUCCUGGAGUUCAUGUUUUCCUCCUCAUUAUUCCUAACGCUCCACUUAAUAAUGAAGUCAAAGCAGAAAUGGAGGAGAUCCAGAGGAUCUUCAGCUCAAGAAUCAACAAACACAUCAUGAUCCUCAUAAUGCAGAAUUCAGAGCAUCAGACAGAACUAAAUGAAGAAACACAGUCUGUCAUUGAGAGUUUUGGAGGACGACAUCAUUUCUUUGGUCCCAAAACACAAGUGUCCACACUGAUGGAGAAGAUUGAGCAGAUGCUGGAGGAAAACAGAGGAGAGUUUUUCUCCACAGAGACAUUUCUGAAGGCGCAAAUGAAUAAACUUGAGAAGAUGAAGAAGAAGAUUAAUACGCUAGAGACAUAUUCACUGUCACAAGGUUCAGGAGAAAAUGCAGAUGAUGAACUGAGGAUUGUUCUUCUGGGAAAAACUGGAGUUGGGAAAAGUGCAACUGGAAACACGAUCUUAGGAAGAAACGAGUUUACAGCAGAAACAUCUCAAGAAUCAGUUACUAAAGAGAGUCAGGUAGAAACAUCUGAAAUCAACGGCCGACACAUUACUGUGAUUGACACUCCAGGACUGUUUGAUACUGAACUUAGUACUGAGGAGAUACAGAGAGAAAUCAGCAACUGCAUCUCCAUGAUCCUGCCUGGACCACAUGUGUUUAUUAUUGUGCUCAAUUUAGGACAACGAUUCACUAAAGAAGAAGCAACUACAGUGAAUAUCCUCCAAGAGACAUUUGGUGAGAAAUCUUUAAUGUACACUAUGGUGCUCUUCACCAGAGGAGACUAUCUGAAGAAUAAAACCAUUGAUCAGUGUUUGGGAAAACCUGGAUCUCCACUGAUGAGGCUGAUUGAAGCGUGUGGAAACAGAUACCAUGUGUUCAAUAAUAAUCAGACUGGAGACCGAACACAAGUGUCUGAUCUACUGGAGAAGAUAGACAACAUGGUGAAAGCAAAUGGAGGGAGUUUCUACUCAUGUAAGAUGUUCAGACAGAUGGAAAGAGAAAAACAAGAACAACAAAUGAAGAUCCUGAUGGAAAGACUCAGAGAAAGUGAAGAACUGAUGAAGAAAGAACGAGAGACAUUUAAACAUGAAAUUGAGCAACUGAAACAAGAAAAAAAUAAAGUUAAAACAGAAAAAGAAAAACUGCAGAUGAAAUACGACGCAGAAACAGAACGACUGAUGAACAGAAUAGAAAAUGAUAGGAAAAAAAGAGAAGAAGAGUUUAAUGAGAGAGAAGAACGAUACAAAACACUAAUGAAAGAGAAAGAAGAGAGUGAGGAAAAGAUGCAUGAGCAGAUGAAGAGAGAACGAGAAAAAUGGGAGAAACAGAAACUAGAGGAAAAGACAAGAAGAGAGGAAGAGGGUGAGAAAAGAAAAGAGAAAAACCAGAGAGAUUGGAAUGAAUUUAAUAAGCGACUGAAACAAGAGAAAGAGAAAAUGGAAAAAGACAAAAAAGAUCUCCAAUCACAACAUGAAGCAGAAGAAAACAAGAUGAAGAUGAUGAUGGAGCGAAUAAACAGAGAAAGAGAAGAACUGAUGAAGAAACACGAAGAAGACAGAGAGAGAAUUAAGAUGAUGAUAGAGCAAGAACAACAGAAUCAGAACAAAGAGAGAAAGAGUAGAGAAGAAGAAUUCAGAGAGAGAGAAGAUCAUUAUGAAAGUGAAAUGAAGGAACAGGAGGAGAAGUUGAGAGACAAGAUGAAAGGAGUAAAAGAGGAGUUUAAAAAUGAAAUAAAGGAAAUGAGGAAAGAAAUAGAAACUGUAAAGGAAGAAAAAGAAAAACUUCAGAUCAGAUACAACAUGGAAAUAGAUAAGCUAAUGAACAGAAUUGAGAAUGAAAGACAGAAUCAUGAAACAGAGAGAAAGAGAAGAGAAGAAGAGUUUAAUGAGAGAGAAGAAUGGUAUAAAAGACUGAUGAAAGACAGAGAGAAAAAGGAGAGUAAAAUGCUGGAGCAGAUGAAAUGUGAGCCAACGCAAUUUGAGAAACAGAAACAAGAUGAAAGACAGGAAAGAGAAGAAGAAAAGAAAAAACACGUUAGUGAUUACAGAAUGAUGCGAAACAUACAAAGAGUUCCUGUCAACAUCCAGGAUAUUCCUGUCUCCAGUCUCCCAUCCAGAAGGAUUGUUCUUCUGGGUAAAACUGGUGGUGGGAAAAGUGCAGCUGGAAACACAAUACUGGGAAAGUGUGUGUUUGAAUCUAACUUCUGCCCACAAUCAGUAACUCGUAAAUGUUCAGUUGCUGAUGCCACUGUUUCAGGCAGAUCUGUGUCCAUAGUUGAUACUCCUCCAUUCUUUGACACUUGCAUUGAACAUGAGCAGUCAAUGACAGAGAUAGCGAGAAGCAUUUAUUUAUCCAGUCCUGGAACUCAUGCUUUUCUCAUUGUGUUCAGAGUAGAUAUCAGAUUCACUGAGGAGGAUCAGAAGGUUAUUCAGUGGAUUAAGAUGUUGUUUGGUGAAGAGGUGUUACAAUACUGCAUCAUUCUCUUAACUCAUGGAGAUCAGCUGAAAAUAUGGUCAAUAGAGAAACUCAUUGAGCAUAACAGUAUAUUAAGAGCUCUAGUUGAUCAGUGUGGAGACAGAAUUCACAUAUUCAACAAUAAAGAUGAGAAUAACAGAGAGCAGGUGAAUGAUCUACUGCAGAAGAUUGACACAAUGGUAGAGCAGAAUGGAGGAGGAUACUACAAUAAUCAGAUGUUUCAGGAUGCUCAGAGAUAUAGACAAAAACUGCUGAUCUGUGUCUGUAGUUGAUACUCCUGGAUUAUUUCACACACAAAUGAACACUGAGAAGUUUAUGACGAUGAUGAGAUGCAUUUAUUUAUCCAGUUCUGGACCUUAUGCUUUUCUUAUUGUGUUCAGGGUAGAUAACAGAUUCACUGAGCAGAAUCAGGAGAUUAUUCAGUCAAUUAAAAUGUUGUUUGGUGAGGAGGUGUUACAAUACUGCAUCAUUCUCUUCACUCGUGGAGAUCUGCUGCAAGGAUGGUCAAUAGAGAAAAUUAGAAUAACAGAAAGCAGGUAAAUGAUCUACUGCAGAAGAUUCACACAUUGAUAGAACAGAAUAGAGGAGGACACUACUGUAAUUAGAUGUUUCAAGCUCAAAAAUGUAAAUGAGAGGAGAAACAAAGACAGGAUUGUGUCUGUAGUUGAAAUUCUUGAAUAUUUUCACAAAAAUAUUAAAACCUAAAAGUAGAUGCAGGUCAUGGAGAUCAGUUAGAAGAAACCAUAGAGAACCUGAUUGAGGUGAA